UGUUAUUGCUGUUAUUUGCCUGUAGGACAAUAGUCAUAUGUUGGGUCAUAGUACACGUCGCGCUCUCGCACCGUGUGGUAGUCAUGUACCACUGAACCUUUCGCUGAUCUUCGUUUACAGUGUCUAGUGUAAAUAUUUCUUAAUUUCGCAUACUAAGUGCGCUCAAUAUUUUUAAAUUGUGAAAAAUGUUGUUUUACAAAUAGUGUAGUUUCUAAAAAAGAAACACAAGAUGGAUGAAGAAACAAUUGUGGUUUUAGGCGUGCAGCUUUUGGCUCUUUGCUGUAUCAUUUGUUCUAUAGUUAUAUAUUUAUUGCGAAAAAUGAAUCGGAAAACGGUUUACGCAACUCCUGCUCAUCGAUCAGUUUUAAUUACGUCUUGUGAGACGUCCGUUGGUUUGCAACUGUGUGACAAAUUGUCUUCUGCUGGAUUUCGGGUAUUUGCUGGCUAUAAGCCUAUGUCAGAAACUGACGACGGUACAUUGUCAGAGGCAUGUAUCUCUUUACGCAUCAAAAUUAAACAACGUGAAUCUACAGACAUGGAACGAGCCCAGUGUGGCAUCGUAUUUAUGCGACUUGAUGUCACUCGUGAAGAUUCUUUGCACGAAGCCGUGGACACCAUUAAGAGACAUUUACCCGCCGGUGAAGAUGGCUUAUGGGCAGUCAUUAAUACCGCUGAUGUGUGUCUUAAGGGAAAAAUUGAGUUGCAAGAAAGCGUCCAAUGGGAGAUGUUGUUCAAAACCAAUGUUUUUGGGUCCUUUAAGGUUGCUAGAACAUUUUAUCCUUUAUUGAUCAGUCAAAGAGGUCGACUAAUAAAUAUUGGGAUAUCAGAAAGCCAUACUCAUCGACAUGGAAUGACGGCGUUUGACGCAGCACGGUAUGCUGUUGUUGGUGCUAGUAAAUCAUUGCAACAAGAUUUGAAAGAAUUGAGUGUUCGUAUAAUAAUAAUCAACACCAACCACAUUUUACCAGAAAAUCUUUUUGAACCCGUCAAAUCAACAAGAGAUGCAAAUAAAACAAAUUUUAAUGAUCAACAAAUCAAACAAAUUUUACCUGAUUACGCAAUACACACAAUAUUUGAUGCCCUUCUAGAACCUAAUCCUAAAACAGUUUAUAAUUUGGAAAAACCAUCAAAUUUUAUAAAUAACAGAUUUUUUAAAUUUAAAACCCUGAAAUCUGAAAAAAUACUGAAUUUCUAAAUAUUUAUAUUUUAUAAAUGUAUCAAUAAAUGUUUUUCACAGAUAAAUUUCAUUAAAAUGGCACUAAUAGGUGUAUAAUGUAUCAAUAAAUGUACAAAAAUAUAUUACCAUUAAAUAAUUUAUGCUCAAUUUUAAUUGUUCAAUUAAUAUUUAAUUAUAAUUUCUUAAAAUAAAAAUAAGUCAUAUAUAUAUAUAUAUUAUAUUUAUUAUGGUUUUGUUGUUGAUAUGUUAAUGAUAAUUGUUAUUUAUUUUGGUUUGUACAAAUAAAUAUUCUAAAUUUUA